AUGCGUUACCAAUGUAUUGGUUUUCCGUCAUGUUUAAAAACAUUUGAAAAUGGUUAUGUUCUACGUGGUCAUCAAUUAUCUUGUGAAUAUGCACAAAAAGAAAUAAAUAAUAGAAAUAAUCGUCAAGAACAUGCUCGAUCAAUUCAAUAUGAUUAUGAUAUAAAUGGAAUCAAAUGUAAUAAAUUUUAUCCAACAUUCACUGGUUUAGAUCACACACAAAAAUUACAGAUUCGUGAUCGAUUUCAACUUGGAGGAGGUAAUAAACAACAAUAUAAAUCUCUUCGUCAACCACCUGAUCCAUCAAAAGUAACACCUCAAACAAAAUCAACUGCCAUGGAUCUUAGUGGCUAUUAUACAUAG